AUGCACCAGCUCCGCGACGCCGAGGACCGCCAGGACGAGGCGAACAACGCGGAGCUCCGGAGCCGGCUCCAGCUCUUCGCGCAGACCGAGCGCGUCCACGCGGACAAGGUGCGGCUGCUGCGCAAGCUCCAGGUCAUGCGGCGGCGCCAGUACGGCGAGGGCAACGGCGCGGGCCCCAAGGGCUCCGACGGCGACCGGUCCUGGGACAACUCCGGCGAGGCCGCGUCCGCGGAGGCGACGUCGCGCGUCGUCGCCAAGGUGCGGCGCUUCUACGCGGAGUUGAGGGCGGAGCGGAGCAUCCUGAACAACGUCAACGAGGAGAUGAAGAAGAACAUGGUCGAGCUCCAGCUGCGCACGGAGCGCGCGGAGGCCCAGGCGGCCGCGUCGCUCGCGGCGCGCGCGCACGCGGAGCGGGAGUGCGAGAAGACGCAGGUGCGCAUGGAGAAGGCCAUCACGCACGCGUCGACGACCAUGUCCGCCGCCGCCGCCGCGUCGGCGUCGUCGUCGAGCGACGCGGUGAACCUCCGCGUCGAGGUCGAGGGCCUGAGGCGCGAGCUCGCGGACGCGCGCCGCGCGGGCGACGAGCUCCGGCAGGAGCGCGACGCCGCCGUGCGCGACGCCACGGAGAAGGGCCGGGCGGACCACCAGCGCUGCCUCGACCUCGCGGAGUUCGGCGCGCGGCUCCAGACGCGCGUCCAGGGCGCCGAGGACCGCGCGGAGGGCUACCGCGCGCGCGCGGACAGCGCCGAGGAGCGCGCCCACGAGCUCGAGAUGGUCCACGCGUCGAACGCGGCUUUGAAAGUUGAGGUGGAGAAGUUCAAGAAGUCCGCGCAGCAGGCGGGCCGCGCGUUCGGGAGCCGGAAAUCCGUGUCCAAGCGAAAGUCCGUGGCCAAGAAGCAGGGCUCCGAGGGCAAGAUGACCAUGCGCGCGCCCCGGGCGCCGAAGCGCUCCAUGGUCGCCAACGGCGCCAACUCGCCCCGCAUGACGAAGCGCGGCAAGUCGCCGUCGCCGCCGUCGGCCGACGGCGGCGGCCGCAAGUCGAUGGCGAAGCGCGCGACGCAGGCCGUCGUCCGCAAGUCGCGCGUCAUCGAGCUCGCGCCGCGCAAGUCCGCCCUCGGCCAGAACAAGGCCCAGGCCGUCGCCAUCCCCACCGCGGGCAUCGUCGACGACUCCGACGCGGACGACCCGCCGCCGCCGCGGCUCGAGGACGAGAGCGACUUCGCGCCCAGCGCCGCCGGGGAGGAGGAGGAGGAGCAAACCGGUUUGCCCGCGGGCCAGGGUGGGCUGCGCAUCCGGUUCUUGGUGGCCUCCGCGAUGCGCGCCGCGCACGCCGCCGAGGAGGCGAAGGACGCGGGCCUCGAGCACCGCCUCGAGGAGAAGCUCGAGGCGAAGAUGCACCAGCUCCUGGCCUUUAAGAUGGUCGAGAUGGAGAACAAGCUCGGCGCCGAUUCGAAGCAGAGCGCGGCCCUCGAGCUUCGUCUCGAGGAGAAGCUCCAGGCGGCCGUGCACCAGGUCAUCGCCUUCAAGAUGGUCGAGCUCGAGAGCAAGUUCGUGUCGCGCAUCGCCGCCCUCGAGGCGACGAUCGCCGUCGCGCGCGACGGCGGCCUCGCGCCGCCGCCGCUGCACUCCGCGCCGCUGCAGGGCGUGGCCCAGGCGCAGACGGCGGAGGAGAUCCCGGAGCCGGACAUGCUGCCCCACGACUACGUCGUGCUGGCGAAGGAGCCCCGCAAGGCGCGCGCGGAAGUGCCCGAUGACGAUCUCCGUCGUCGUGCAGUAGAAGAGCGGGACGGCAAGUACAAGCCCUGCAAGGCGCGCGCGGAAGAAUUCGAAGUCGAGGACGACGAGGACGACGUGGAGUCGUGUUCGUCGCCGACAAAGAAUGGCGCGAAAGGGGAGGAAUGGGACGGCAAGUACGACUUCAUCACGGGCAAGCUCAAGGAGAAGGGCAAGGACGCGCCGGGGCUGGAGACGCCGGUCGCGAGCCCCCGCGCCGCCGAGGAGGGCAUCACCUACGACGAGGCGCUCGAGAAGCUCGGCGGCGACAAGACGCUCGAGAUGCACAGGUCGAUGUCGGAGGCGCUCAGCGCCGAGGUGCGCGACGCGGACCUGGAGAAGGAGCUCACGGAGGCCGUGCCCGGGAGCCACGAGGACCGGCGGGGCUUCAGCCGCCAGCUCGUGAACCAGCGCUUCGUCGAGUCCAUCGAGGAGCUCUACGAGGACGCCGAGGCCGCGCACCCGGUCUUCGAGAAGACGAUCCGGGACCUCGCGGCCGAGUCGUCGGCCAAGGCCAUCGUCGGGCCCAUCAAGGCGAAGACGCGCGCGCGCAUGAAGGCGCUCUACAAGUACCGCGACGCCGAGGGCGACGGCAUCGCGUACUACCGGCUCACGGACCUCGUCCGGGCGACGCUCCAGUUCGCGGACUUCGACGCCAUGUACGCGGGCCUCGCGACGGUCGUCGCGAAGCUCGGCGGCCGCGUCCGCGAGCUCAACGACCGCUACCUCGACCCCCUCGGCGACUACCGCGACAUCCAGAUGGUCGUCGAGGAGAGCGGCCACCUCUGCGAGCUCCAGCUGUCGACGGAGCCCUACCUCCGCGCGAAGAAGACGACGGGCCACCGCGACUUCUCCGUCGUCCGCGAGCUCCAGGCCGCCGUCGCCGACGGCGACAUGGACCGCGUCGACACGGCGCUCCAGUGGGGCCGCGAGAACGCGGGCGUCGUCCGGGACCUCAGCCACCUCCACGACGCGCCCGCGGGCAUGAUCAAGUCGCGGUCGCAGAAGCACCUCACCGCGGACCUGCGCGAGCUCUUCGAGACGGGCGCGGCGCGCCUCCUCCUCCACGAGGCCGCGGCGCACGACCACGUCGAGAUCGCCGCGCGCCUGCUCAACCACGGCGCCGACGGCGACGUCACCGCGCCGGACGACGUCGGCGACACGCCGCUGCACCUCGCCGUGCGCCGCGGCAGCGAGCGCAUGGUCUGGGCGCUCCUGGACGUCGGCCGGGUGCGCGUGGACGUGGAGAACAAGCAGGGCGUGACGGCCCUCGUCGUCGGCCUCGCCAUGCUCCGGCGGCGGCUGCCGGAGGCGAAGGCGCGCGCGGUGUCGACGCUCGCGCGCUUCGCGGGCGCCGACGCCGUCAAGGUCGCGCGGCUCAAGGUCGACACCUACGUCAAGGACUACCUCACGCACAAGUCGCGGGCCCUCGUGGACGCGGCCUUCGAGGGCAACGUCGCCGAGUGCGAGGCGCUCCUGAGCGACUUCGCGGACGCGGCGUCGGAGGACCCGCUGGGCAACACGGCCCUCGCGCUCGCCUGCGACAAGCUCGACGACAAGCUCAUCGCGCUGCUGCUGGACUGGAAGGCGGACCUCAACGUCUUCCCGCGCGCGUCGUGCGUCUGCCCGCUCUACGCGGCCUGCAGGGCGGAGCUCGCGCGGCGCAACGACCGGCCGGACCUGACGUCCGACGCGGACGUCAAGAAGCUCGACUGGCCCCUCGCGGAGAAGCUCAUCGUGGCCUACGGCGCGGACCCGGCCUACGCGCUGCCCGCGGCGUGCCGCGACGGCGCCGUCACGAUCCUGUCCUGGCUCCUGCUCGACAAGCCCGCCGCGAAGAAGCUCGACAAGCCCGUCAAGUACCGCGACGUCCACAAGAAGGACGUCGACGGCGCCGUCAUCCCGAAGCUCGCGGGCAAGCUCGAGCCGCUCGACGCGCUCCUCAAGAAGGACGACGACGACGCGCGCAAGUCCGCGAUCACGGCCCACGACCCGGCCCACGAGCACGCGUGGAAGGACGCGAAGAAGCGCCGGGCCGUGGCCACGAACCGCGCGAAGAAGGCCAUCGUCGAGGAGCUCAUGCGGGACCGCGACGGCGCGUCGCCCGUCGACUUUCUCGGCGCGGACCGCUUCGACGAGCACAAGUACAUGCUCUGGGGCAAGGUCCUCGACGCGGACAAGACGGGCAUCCUCAAGGCGAACGUGAAGCCCGACCUCGUCUACGACUUCCAGCCGGGCGACCUCGUCAUCGCGGACGUCGCGUUCAACGCGGUCAAGAAGGGCGCCGUCGGCACGGUGCUCAAGCGCGGCGCGAAGGACGCCAAGGGCGAGCGCCGCGUGCAGAUCGACUUCAACAUCGGCAAGACCUACUCCUUCGCGCCGGGCCAGCAGUGCCACCGCUGCGACGUCGUCCCGGACAGCGGCUUCGUCGUCGGCGACGAGGUCCUGCUCACGAAGCGCGUCGGCGCCGCGAACCGCGGCGCGCGCGGCCGCAUCAUGGGCCACGCCGACGACCCGGACGACGAGUCCAAGGUCGUCGUGAGCGUGGGCAAGAUCGGCGGCGAGGUCCACUGCUCCGUGCACAGCGAGCUCGCGCACGCGCCCCUCACGAAAGGGUCGCUGAUCUCCAAGGGCGACGUCAUCGUCGCGAACGUGGGCUUCGAGGGCGUCAAGGUCGGCAACCGCGGCGUCGUCGCCGGGCCCGGCGCGGGCGGGCCCGACAACAUCGCGACGCGGCUCCUCAUCGACUUCGACAUCGAGGACGGGGACGCGUGCUCGCGCUACUCCUACACGCCGACGCAGGUGUCCUACGUGCCCUACGUCCGCUCCCUGGCCAAGGAGGACAAGGUCACGUCCCUCGCGGGCUCGAACAAGGGCCGCGCGGGCGUCAUCGUCGGCCUCGCCGCGGACCCGGACAAGCGCGCGGCGGGCUGGCUCCGCGUCGACUUCGCGGGCUUCGCGCUCGACUGCGACCACGAGAAGAUCGAGCACGCGCCGCUCGUGCCCAACAGCGAGUGCAAGAAGUACGACCGCGUCAAGGCCAAGGUCGAGUUCUCGGGCAUCACGCCGGGCGACCUCGGCACCGUCAUCGGCCGCUGCUCGACGAAGACCAUGGACGGCGCGGAGAACCGCGUCCAGGUCAAGUGGGACAAGGGCGGCAGCCACAACUGGCAGCCGGGCACCCACUUCGACAUCGUCGGCUCCGUCGAGGCGGACUACCGCGCUGCAGCGCUCAAGCCUCGCGGCGGCCUCACGAAAACGUCGCCGAGCUACAGCUGGGCCAUCCUGCACAACUGGCUCUACUUCCUGUCGCUGGGCCUCUGCAUCCCCGUGCUGCCCCGCGUCAUCGCGGCGACGGUCAACGAGGACGGCUCGCCGCGCGUGACGACGCGGAGCGCGCGCGUCGGCGGCGACGUCGAGGGCUUGGACAAGCUGCUCACGUUCUUCUUCGUGGGCACGCUCGGCGCUCUGAGCGACGUCGUCGGGCGCACGCCCCUCAUCGCGCUGAGCGCGUUGGGCUACCUCGCGACGAUCCUCGUCCAGGCGCGGGCCACGCGCGUGGCCCACUUCUUCGUGGCCGACGCCGUCGACGGGAUGACGUCGUGCAUGAACGCGGUCUGCGGCGCCUACGUCGCCGACGCGACGGCGGCGGCCGGCGGCGGCGCCCAGGCCGCGGCGCUGGGCCUGUUCCAGGGCCUCAGCACGGGCGGCGCGUUCUGCGUCGGCUUCCCCGUGUCGGGGCUGCUGUCCAAGGGCGGCAAGGCGCGGCGGCCCAUGUACGUCGCCGCGGCGCUGCAGGCGCUGAACGCCUUCCUCGCGUUGUUCGUCACGCCCGAGUCGACGACGCCCAAGGAGCGCAAGGCGAAGCGGGUGAAGCGCGCGGACUGCAACCCGUUCGGAUCGCUGGCGAAGCUCGACUUCGACACGCGCGGGCCGUCGCUGCUCCGCGCGGCCGCGCUGGCCUUCGGCCUGGUCUGGCUCGGCAACCUCGCGCUGAACGCGACCUUCGUCAACUUCGUCAACGCGAGGUUCGGCUGGGGCCCGCAGCAGAGCGGGCCGCUGCUCGUGCUCGUCGGGCUCAUGCUCGCGGUCGUGCCGCGCCUCGUCGUGCCGCGGCUCGGCGUCGCGCCCGCGAUCAAGGCGGGCUGCCUCGUCUACGCGUUGGGCUUCGUCCUCGCGGGGACGGCGCGGUCGGGCCGGGCCUUCGUGGCGUCCAUCGCGGUCUGCGGGCUCGGGUGCGUCGCCGUGCCCGCGCUGACGGCGCUCGUCGCGUCCCAGGCGCCGGAGGGCGACCGCGGCGCCGUCCUCGGCGGGCUGCAGACGCUCCAGGAGCUCGUCUCCGCCGCGGGCUACCCGCUCUACGGCCGCCUCCUCGCCGCGGGGCUCCGGCCACAGUCGCCCGUCGGCCCGGGCGCGCCCUUCUUCGCCGCGGCGCUCGUCCUCGUCGGCGCCGCGGCCUACGCCCACGCCGCGCGCCGUCGAGGCGCGCGCGAAGUCGAGCGCCGCCGCCGCGCCGCCGCUGCGUCGCUGCCGACGAUGCGCGGCGCCGCGCUGUCCCUCGCGGCCCUCGCGUGCCUCGGCUCGGCCGACACGAUCACGGAGGACGGGCUGAUCCUCCGCCUGGCGCCCAAGGAGAAGCGCUGCGUCUACGAGGAGCUGGAGGCGCGCCAGUCCGCGAGCCUCGAGGUCUUCGUGCUCUCCGGCGGCAAUUUGGACGUGAGCGUCGCCAUCGACGGCCCGUUCCCCGUCGUCGAGGAGAGCGGGCUGCCGCGGAGCGCGCACCGGCGCGGCGAGAGCGGCCUGAGCAAGCCGCACAGCGCGCACCUCGUCGAGUCGAAGCAGAGCGGCGCGGCCUUCGCGGCGCCCCACGUCAUCGAGAUCGCCGCGGACGCGGCCGUCGGCGGCGGCGGCAUCUACCGCAUCUGCCUCGACAACGCCGCGUCGCGCAUCUCCGAGAAGCUCGUGACGCUCUCCGUGACCAAGGCCGGCGGCGCGGCGGGCGACGGCGAGCCCGUGCGCAAGAAGCGCGAGGCCGAGGCGAAGCCGGGCAAGAACAGCGAGUCCAUCGAGAAGAUCGAGAAGCGCGUGGUCUCGCUGCGGUCGCAGAUCGCGGUGCUCAAGGACAAGCAGACGCGCGAGCGGCGCCGCCUCGCGCACCACAAGUCCCUCUACGACGCCAAGCACAACACCAUGGUCGAGGGCAGCCUCUUCGAGACCGUCGUCUACAUCGUCUGCUCCAUCUUCCAGAUCGUCUUCGUCCGCCGCUGGUUCUCCGGCAAGGGCAUCAUCCCCGUCUACCACGGCGGCGACCACAGCGCGCCGCGGCCCGCCAUGAUUCCCGGCGACUUCGACGACGCCGCGCUCUUGGAGCACGACAUCGACAUCGACGGGCAAGAUGAUCCACUGCGCGCGCAUCGCGUCGCGCUCGACGAGGCAGGGCAGCACGCGGCGCAGAUCGCGGCGAAGAAGCGCGAGGUGGAGGCCGAGCUGAAAAAGAUGAAGGACUCGAGGAAGGACAAGGGGUCCGGCCACCCGGGGAAGGCGCACGUGGAGAAGAAACGGAUGCUCGAGGGCCAGCUCAAGGAGCUGCAGGAGGGCAAGUUGCCCGCGGCCAACGCGGGUCUCCGCAAGAAGAAGCGCGUGCUCGAGGGGCCGGCGCUGGCGCGCGCAGUAGCGCAGGACGCGGAGCACCACGCUGCGCCGGCGCGGCCGCCCGUGGGCACGACGGCGAAGGCCGCGCGCGUCGCGGCGCCGCGGAUUAUGUCGGGCGCGCUGCCGGCCAACGCCGCGGACGAGGACUCGGACGACGGCGCCGAGGACGAGGACGAGGAGAUCGUGACGGAGAACCCGACCUACUACAAGAUCCCGCUCGGCCAGAGGCUCUGGAUCGAUAAGGUCAAGAAGGACGUGAAGGGCGCGACCAGCGGCCCGUCGAACGUGCUCGCCCAGCGGCGCCGCGCCACGUUCGAGCCCCCGGACCCCGACCUCGAGCCGACGUUCCUGGGCGCGAUGAAGAUCCACAUCUUCGCCCCCCACCUCACGGACGGCAAGCCGAAGCCGCCCUGCUGCUACGGCUGCGGCUGGAACAGCACGAUCGUGUCCGACGGCUGGAACAACGACGGCCGGAGGGUCGUCGGCAUCUCCAAGGAUGACUGGGUGAUGGGCCCCACGCUCAAGUGCAAGACGUGCGAGGGCAAGUGCAAGACGCGCCGGUCGAAGGCGCCCGAGGAGAAGAAGCGGGACAAGGAGUUCAUGAAGGUCUUCAUGAAGGGCUACCGCUACAAGUUCGAGUCCUACAGCGUCGAGUCCGUGCGGCUGUACGAGGAGAAGUACCCCGGCUUCAUGGCCAAGCAAGACUUCGUCAUCACCACCAGGAGAACCGCCAUGACGCGCACGCUCGCCGAUAUCGUGAAGCCGCUCGUCAACUCGGGCAUGAACCCGAACAACAUCUCGAACCUGCUCGCCGAGACGAAGGACCUGGCGCUCACGCGGAGCCUGCUCAACGCGACGGGCGCCAUCUCCGACGCCACGGCGCCGGGGCAGCGCCUAUUUCACCACGCGACCGCGCUCAACCGCGCGACGCUGCCCAACUUCGUCGACGAGGUCAUGAAGUUCCAGACGUGCUCGCCGGGCCACAAGCUCGUCCGGCGCUUCGUGGUCGACGCGUCGGAAGCGGAGAAGGUCUCGAAGAACCGGCUCACGGUCUGGUCGAACGAGCUGGGCGCGCCGAUGAUCGCGCUGUCGACGGCGACGACCUCCAUGGACGACGAGGCCUUCGUCAAGGCGGCCAACUGCUACGGCACGCUCCUCGUCGACGGCCGCGCGCCGCCGAAGCUCUGCUUCCUCGACAACCCGGCGAGGGACGCCGGCGGCGUCCUGCGGCGCUUCGACUCGCUCAAGGACACGUCGGCGCCGGAGAAGUUCUCCUGGUCCGGGCCCGUGGUCUGCAUCGACGACGCGGCGGGCGACGCGCGGGCGCUCGCGGCUCUCCGCGACGUCCGCCGCGUCGCGGUCGACAUGGAGUGGCGCGCGCAGCCGCUCUCCAACAUCAGGGUCAUCCAGAUCGGCGUCAAGGACGUCGUGUACCUCUGGCGCGUCAAGGACUCGGUCCCCGCGGGGCUCGCGGCCAUCCUCCGGAACGAGGGCAUCGAGAAGAUCGGCGUCAACUUCCAGGGCGACAUCACGCGCCUGACGAAGCAGUACGAGGGCGUGGAGGUCAAGGGCGAGAUCAUCGAGCUCUCCGACCUCGCGAACGACACGCUGAAGAGCCAGAAGCGCCGCUGGUCCCUCGCGGACUUGGUGAUGGAGCUCCUCAACCGGACGCUCGACAAGGAGCUCGGCGGCGGCGGCCGCUACGGGCGAUGGGACGAGUGGCCGCUGGACCAGGACGCGCAGCAGUACGCGGCGAACGACGCCGCCGCGACGUUCAUGGUCCACGCGGCGCUCUUGGACCCGAAGCUCCGGGGCUGGGUUUGGGUCGCGCCGCGCGACCGAGCCGCGGCCCAGGACGACGGCGAUGCCGAAGCGGACGGCGACGCCGAGCUAGAUGGCGACGCCGAGGGUCGUGUCCUCGCCGACGGCGCCGCGGAGCUCGACGGCGGGGACGACGGCGCGGCGGACGACGGCGCGGACGACGGCGCGGCGGACGACGGCGCGGCGGACGACGGCGCGGACGACGGCGCGGACGACGCCGGCGACCUGCCCAACGACGACGUCGAGCAGGAGGCGCCCGACUCCGUGCUCGCCGCGGCGACGAAGCUCGUCGUCGAGUACGAGCGCAAGAACGUCGCGGGGUCGCUGGAGCUCCCGACGUUCCUCGACAAGAGCGUCCGGCGCGACAUCCACGAGCUCGCUCGCGACCUGGGCCUCAACAGCGAGAGCGUCGGCGACGAGUGCGUCGACCGGCACCUCGUGAUCUCGCGGCCCGAGCGCUCGUCCGCGACGCCCGCCGCGACGCUCGAACCGGCCGACGGCGCGCCCGCGGAGGAGCAGCUUCGCCAACGGCUCCGCCGGCUCCGAGGGCUACGCAUCAAGUACGACCCUCGCCACUGGAUGGCGAACUGGUUUCUGCUCGCCGUGUCCAAGAACUCGACCCUCUACAAGUACUUUUGCACGGCGACCUCGGACGCGGUGUACAAGAUCAGGGAAGGCGAGUUGGACCGCCUCAACGCGCACCUGCGGCGCCGCGGCAUGGCCGAGGACCAGAUCAAGAAGAUCCCGCGGCGGUACGUGCGACGAAUGGUUCGACGGUUCAUCCCCGAGCCCGACGUGCUCGAGCGCGACCUCACCAAGGUCUACGACUUCUUCAAGGGCCUGAAGGACGCCGAGACGGGCCAGGCCUUCUUCCGCGCGGGCCACAAGAAGCGGUUCGACAACGAGAUGCGCUACGUGCGCAAGGGCUACCUGUCGGACCACCCGGACGUCGAGCUCUACGUGCCCAAGAAGAAGCUCGCGACGGGCUUCGUCGUCUACCGCUGCCUCCGCACGUCGUCCCCGCUCGAGGGCUACCACCUCCACCUGAGGGAAACGCGCAAGGCGAGCUCCUUGAAGGCGGGGCCGCGCUGGCACGACGUCGUGAUGAACGAGUUCGACUUCCGGUGGAUCAUCCGCGCCCUCAAGCAGCGCGGCGCGCUGCCCCACCGCUUCCGCCACUACGACGUGUUCCUCGAGGACAAGUUGGCGGCGCAGGUCGAGGGCCUCGUGGAGCGCGGCGUCAUGGCCGCGUCGCCGCGGCCCGGCUGGCGGCGGACGCCCUACACGAAGCCCGUGCUCUACCACGGCAUCCACUACAACACCCAGGUCAUCAGGGGCCGCGCCGCAGCGAUCGCCCCCGGGAUGUUCAACGCCCCCACGCCCGCGGCGACGACCCCGCAGGCGCCGCGCGCCGGCGCCGCGCGAACGUCGCCGCCGAGCACUCGCCGCUCCGAGUCCGAGUGGCUCGGCGACGUGCUCGGCGGCCCGCCCCUGCGCCUCCGGCGAACCGCGGACGACAUCCGGCGCCUCGCCGCGGACCCGAACCUCCUGACGGACCCGGUCGAGAUGUCGCGCGCGGCGCUCCGCGACGGGCUUCUUCUGCUCGACGACACGGCCCGCGGUGUCGCGGAGGGCAUCGCCGCCGAGACCGCGACCUUCCGGGACCUCCGAGACGCGGGGUUCUUGGACUUCCAGCAGGAGCUUCGGCACCAUCGAGGCGCGCCGACGCCCCAGGCCGCGGACCUCCGAUUUCUUCCGCCAAACCUGUCGACCGGCCGCUACGAACUUCCGGGCGCCGAAGCGGCUCCACUCGCCGGCCCUGUCAUCAUCGCCCCGCCCCCGCCCGCCGCCUCGCCGUCGCCCGCCGCCCCGCCCUUCGCCCCGCCGUCGCCCGCCGCCCCGCCCUUCGCCCCGCCGUCGCCCGCCGCCCCGCCGUCGCCCGUCGCCGCGCCGCAGUCGCCGCCCGCCGCGGACCUCACGCAGAGCGCCAAGAAAAGGAAGCGGGAGCGGGAAAAGAAGAGGAAGCAACGCAAAGACCCCGACUUCCGCCAGAGGGACAACAAAAACCGCACCGCGCGCCGGAGGAAGGCGCGCGGGGCCGCGGACGCGAGCUAG